CUAUUUAGCCGUAUUUGAACCAUUCUCUCUUUAUUUUAUUCACUCACUCCCUUCUUCUACUGUCACAAAUCUGCAACUUGCUCUGUUUCUGUCUAUCCGGAGAAUGGAGCGCUUCACCUUUCUCCCUCUAUUCCUCAUUCUCUUCGCUUUCAUUUCCUGCCCCUCUUUUGCAGAAAAUGGCGCUAUUGGAGUUAACUACGGCCGGAUCGCCAACAAUCUGCCCUCAGCUGUCAAGGUCGUGCAGCUUCUCAAGUCUCAGGGACUAAAUCGGGUCAAGAUCUACGACUCCGACCCGUCUGUGCUCCGGGCAUUGUCCAGAUCCGGCAUCAGAGUCACCGUCAACCUCCCUAACGAGCAGCUCUACAAUGCCGCCAAACGGGAGGCGUUCGCCUACAACUGGGUCCAGCGGAAUAUCGCCGCCUACCACCCUGCUACCUGGUUCGAAGCCAUUGCCGUCGGGAACGAGGUCUUCGUCGACCCGCAAAACACGACCCGGUUUCUCCUGCCCGCCAUGAAAAACAUCCAUGAAGCUCUGGUCAAGUUCAAUCUCCACGGAGAUGUCAAGGUCUCCUCCCCCAUCGCGCUCAGCGCGCUGCAGAAUUCGUACCCUUCCUCCGCCGGGUCUUUCCGGCCGGAAUUUGUCGGACCCGUUUUGAAACCCAUGUUGCAGUUCCUCCGGCAAACCGGGUCGUACUUGAUGGUCAACUGCUACCCGUUCUUUGCCUACGAGUCAAACUCCGACGUCAUCCCGCUCGACUACGCGCUCUUCCGGGAGAAUCCCGGCGUCGUGGACGCCGGAAACGGCCUCCGGUACUUCAACCUGUUCGACGCCCAGAUCGACGCCGUCUUCGCCGCCAUGUCAGCUUUAAAAUUCGACGACAUCAAACUGGUCGUGUCGGAGACUGGGUGGCCGUCGAAAGGGGACCCCACCGAGCUCGGCGCCAGCGUGGACAACGCCGCAGCGUACAACGGAAACCUUGUCCGGAGAAUCCUCACCGGCGGUGGGACCCCACUCCGGCCGAAAGAAAAGCUCACCGUUUUCCUCUUCGCCCUAUUCAACGAGAACAAGAAGUUCGGCCCCUCGUCGGAGAGGAACUUCGGGCUUUUCUACCCAGACGGGAGAAAAGUCUACGACAUCCCUUUCACGGCGGAAGGCCUGAAAACCCACCGGGAGGUCCGGCCGCCGGUGACCGGAAGCCACUGGAUUUCAAGACGGGGGUCGGGGCAGACGUGGUGCGUGGCGGACGCGGAGGCCGGGAAAGAUAGGCUACAGGCGGCUCUAGACUUCGCUUGCGGUGAGGGCGGGGCUGACUGCCGUUCGAUCCAGCCGGGAUCCACGUGUUAUCAUCCUGACACGGUUGUGGCCCACGCUUCGUUCGCGUUCAACAGUUACUAUCAGAAGAAGGGGCGUGCUGGAGGCACGUGCUAUUUCGGUGGGGCCGCCCACGUCGUCACACAGCAACCUAAAUAUGGGAACUGCCAACUACCCACUGAAGUUUGAGCAGACUUGGACAACAUAAAAAGGCCAAAGCUUUGUUGAUGAUGAAACCAGCCCAGUAGGUGAUGGUUGAAUUUAGUCACUCACCCGUUUUUUGCUAUUGUGGACCGGCCUUUGAUGAGUACGAGUAGUGUCACAUAUGGAGUAGCAAUGUUCUGCUAAUAAGCAUUAAUUCAUAUUUUAUGUUUUUACCAAGUAGUUCAUGUUGACUUGGUCUAUGUACACAUGUAGUAGUACACUUGGUACACCGCUAUUUCAGUAUUUUGUUCACCCUUUCUGAAUUUUGCUCACCUUUCCUUACUAUUUAUGAGUUUAGAAUGGUAAAGGAACUUUAUAUUCUUAAAAUGUGAAAUGUGCAUCAAACAAUGUACUUGCUCUUUUUA